AUGGCCACUAUGAGUAGGAAGCCCGGUCAGCGUUACUGCAUGACAGACUGGGAGACCAAUAACAGGCUGCUCAUGGACACCGCCGAGCACCAAUGCCACCAAUCACAGCAGACAAGGCAGGAGGGGCGGGCCCUGAGGCACCAGACAGCCUGUAAGGUACGGAGAGACAGGGACUGUUAUGGAUGUCUGAUGCCAGCCAGCCAGCAGGCCAUGCAUUGACAGAGAGAUGACCAACUCAUGUUCACAUCUAUACCCCAUAAUAACAGAAUAAUACUGUGUGUGACCGUGGGCUCUUCUCUGUCUCUGUCUGUCUGUCAGACACGCUGGGAUGAGAGUGACAGCCGAGGCAGGCUGGGUGACAGGAUCAAUGAGGUCACUGAGCAGAAGGACAGACUGCAGUUCUGUGUACAGGCAGUGGAGAGAGAGAUUGAAGCUAUGACACAGGUCACUGAUACUUGUUAUGGCAGAAAAUGUGGGAGAACUACUUAAUGUUCAACUCACUUUACUAACCAAAAACAUCAUCAACACUUAUACUGUAGUACGCAUUUCACAGAACACAAUCUGUCAGUGUCCCUAAUUUGUUAACUCUAGGGACCUCUCAAAUUGCUUUGGGAAUCCACAUAGCACUAUGCUAUUUGUAUGCAUUGUUGUGUAGUAUGGUGCAGUCUACUCUACCCAAAUCCUACCCUUAUUAGGGAAGAUAAUCAUAAUCUAAUUAUGCCUGAGGGUGUUAUUUUUGUUCUUUCUGGAAGUAUGUGUGCUGGUUGACAAUGAAUUAUAGCACACAUGUUUAAUCAUCUAGAGGAUCUACCUCAGCCGUUUAGUACAAACUUUAUUGUCAACCCUGUCUGUCUCUCUCUUUCUCUCUCUCUCUCCCAGGUGAAGGAAGAGGCGGAGAGGGCCCUGGCAGACACGGCUGUGCCCCUGGAGGUGGUAGUGGAGUGUCUGACCCAGAGAAAGAGCUGUCGGGGGGGCGAGCUGGUCCGUGACCCCCUGGAGGGCCAGCUGAAGAGGGAGGCCCAGAUGAUUGACACCACGCAGCAAGAGCUGCAGCAGCACAUCAGCAAGGCCUUCGAGCAGCUCUGGUAAGACAGGAUAGAGAUUUAACUGCCAAAGGUCUUAGGUUGUGUCUCGUGAGAUGGUAUCAUUGAUCCAUGGAACAGAAAGGGCUUCUAACAGGCAGUUUUGUUGCUCUUAAAAUAAUAAUAAAAUAAAGGAUAAUGUGAAACAGAAACGGGUUGAUGGUACUGACAAUUGGAGGCAUUCAUUUCACAAUUUCUUCAUAAAGAUGAAUUGCAGCAAAUUUGACAGGAUUCGUUAACAUUCCACUGUGUUCUGUAGCCUAUGUGUGCUGAAUUAGAAUACUAGACUGGAGAUUAACUAUCUUAUGAUGGUAUAAAAGGUCCGCCAUUUUGUUCAGGGAGUUGGUCAACCGUGAUCAGCCAGUGCUGUGAUUAAAAUAUUGUGAAAACAAUCAAUUUGAAGAUUAUCUUUACAGUAUGUUUAUUAGUUAACUAGCCAGACAAUUUUAUUGGAAUGAUUCCAAUAAUUUUUCAAAUUAACUGCCAAUAUUCCAUACAAACAAUGCAGUCAAUCCACAGCCAUUCAGUGGCUGAAAUCAGUUGAUGAUAUUUUAGAGGCUAUUUGUACAGAAUAUUGGUCUAAAACCUGUGUAAACUGUAUUUAUAAUUAUAUGACAAUAUUUUAGGUUGGUAAUUCUAUUACACAAUUUCUGAUAUAUCACAUGACUUUCUUUUAAUUUCCCGCCUAAAUUAAAGCAGGAAAUGUAUCACCUAUGCCUCUACUGCCAUUCAUUCCAAUUUGGAUUUCUCCCUGACCAAAAUGGCUGCCAUUAUCAUCCCAUUCUGGAACUUUGAGGGUUCAUGACAUAUCCCCUCUAGUAAUUUAAUAGGAUCUCUACAGAUGUAUGCUUGUGUGUGUCUAUAGUCCUUUUCGGAUGAUAAAUCUAAUUUCCCUUCUUAGCAAUGUAGCACCAAUAAAGUUUAUUCCAUUUAAUUUUAAGCUGUCUCAAGGAAGCACGCCAACAGCUGACCUUUGACCUCACCAACAAGACUGAGGCCCUGGAUGUGGACCUAUCCUGCCUGUCACUCACAGACAGGUCAUCUGACAUAUCCUUCAAGCCUGACCCCACCCGCGUACCCACUAGGUAAGGACGGAGCAGAGUAGUGCCUUGUCAACCUAUUGUGUAGAAUAAAUUAGAUGAUAGUGAGAUGAUCAUGAGUGAAAGUAUACUUUAUAUUUCUAGGAUAUUUCUAGGAAUUUUGUUUUACAUAAUCGUCACCCUAAAUACUUUUUUUCAGUGUUGAGAUAGCAGAACACUCAAAGAAAGAAGAACACUCAAUGGCAGACAAAUUCUCAGCCUUUACCUAAAUCUUGAUUUAUGGUCUUUUGAACCACUAAACCUCUUCUGAUCAUCUAAACUUGAAACAUUUUCUCAUUUAUAACACAGUACUUACAGUGUACAGUACUUACCGAUGUAUAACUGUGGCUGAUUUAUUAUCUUGCACCCUGCAGUGCCUCCACACACCAGGAGUGGGAGCAGUUCACCCACUACAACGUGACCCGGGCUGAGGAGGAGAUGCAGGCUUCGCUACAGCUGAGGGAGACAAUGACCUCUACAAGGAUACAGGUACUAGAGGGCUGA